AUGAAUACAAAAAAAGCCACGGCGAUACAGAAAUCAGUCUUCUACCCGGCAUUGAUGUCCUCCAUGUCAUCAGUGGUGUUCGGAAUGUCUCUUACAGUGAUGGGAUGCAUGCACUCGCUUGUUCUGGAGAUGUGGAAAAGGACCAUGGAUGAAACAACUGCAAACAGUAGAUGGGGAAUAGCAUCAGGCAAUAUAUUCCUCGGGUGCUUGGUCUCAAACAUCCUGGUAAAUGUUCUGAGGCCAAACUUGAAGAAAGCCCUGCUGUUUAGCAACAUUCUCUAUGCUAUGGGAUACAUAACCUUCCUGCUUUCCCAAAGCUUCAGUUUCAGUUUCAUGCUUUCUGGCCGGUUGAUCGUAGGGCUCGCCGCUGGCGUAACAUGUGCAAUAGUGCCCAUAUAUAUCUCGCUUAUAUCUCCGACUGAAUACAGAGGCUUUCUGCUGUCCUUUCAUCCACUCGGAAUCAACAUCGGGGUAACUUUUGGAAAUGCUCUUUCCUGCCUCAGCUCAGAUAACACCUGGAGAAUUCCGUUGUUUACAGCUCUGAUUCUAGUGGCAUUGAACUUUUUGGGCCUGCUAGGAAUAGACAGCCCAGGCCAUGAAGAAGGAUCUUCCGGUGCAUCUCUUCCUGACCUAAUCACGAACAAUAGGGCAAGAAAGUCCAUCUUCCUUGCAAUAUUAGUCCAUAUGUCUCAGCAUCUUUGCGGCGUGGAUUAUAUAACCUUAUUCCUCAAGGAUCUCUUUCCUUCAGACAUUCAUUCCUCAGAAGUAAUGGCCAUCUGGAUCUCUCUAUUUUCUGUUCUCGUAACCGUAGUGUUUACGAAGUAUAUUGAUCUCAUUGGAAGGAAGCCAUUAAUCAUUGCCAGCUCCCUUAUCACCGGUACAGCAACGGCAAUGCUUACGUUUGACCUAUAUCCUCCUGUAGCAACCAUGCUGUUUGUGUUUGGAUACAAUAUCGGUCUCAGCUCAAUCCCAUGGUUUAUAACAACAGAAGUUUUCCCUCCAAAAUAUGCAAAUUCUGCAGGGCUGUUGGCUGUUUCCAUGAACUGGCUAUCUGCAUACGGCAUCCUGGUGAUUCUCUAUCCCUUGCAUGUCAGAUACGGGAACAUUAUGUUCUCGUUUUACACGGCUUGCAUGGGUCUGUUCGUUGGAUUGAUGGCUUUUCUGUUCAGAGAAACUAAGAACAAGACACCGGACUUUCAGUAG